UGACAUACGCUCUGUGGUCACGUGACUGCCUGACGGGCUGCAGUUGUCGGCUUGUCGCGUGUUCUGCUCUGGUCCUUCUUGUCUUUGACGUAAACGCUGCCGACCUGUUUAGUCUGGAGCUGGUUUGACAGUGUGAACGCGGGGACUAGUGCGGGAAAGGUGUGGCAGAGAUGAACAGUGAAAACUUCACCCUGAGUGAGAAGAUAGUCUCAGCCUCCUACGUUCGACAGGGAUGUCAGGCACGUCGGAGCCACGAGCAGCUCAUCAGACUCUUACUGGAACAGGGCAAGUGUCCAGAGGAAGGCUGGAGUGAGAGCACCGUCGAGCUCUUCCUGAACGAGCUGGCUGUGAUGGACAGCAAUAACUUUCUUAGUAACUGUGGCGUCGGGGAGAGGGAAGGCCGCGUGGCUUCCAGCCUGGUGGCAAGACGACAUUACAGGUUGAUCCAUGGCAUCGGUCGGUCAGGUGACAUCGCCGCUGUUCAGCCUAAAGCUGCGGGAUCCAGUCUGCUCAACAAGCUCACAAACUCUGUUGUGUUGGACAUCAUAAAACUCACAGGUGUGAGGAGCGCAGCAAGCUGCUUUGUAGUUCCCAUGGCAACAGGAAUGAGCCUUACUCUGUGCUUCCUGACCCUUCGUCAUCGGAGGCCCAAGGCUCGUUACAUCAUUUGGCCUCGCAUCGACCAGAAGUCCUGUUUCAAAGCCAUGAUCACAGCAGGUUUCGAACCCGUGGUGGUGGAGAACGUUCUCGAAGGCGACGAGUUGCGCACGGACCUGGAAGCGGUCGAGCGCAAGAUCGAGGAGCUCGGAGCGGAGAAUGUCCUGUGUGUUCAUUCAACAACUUCCUGCUUUGCCCCAAGAGUCCCCGACAGGCUUGAGGAGCUGGCCACUAUCUGUGCCAAACACAGCAUCCCCCACAUAGUCAACAACGCAUACGGUGUACAGUCGUCCAAAUGCAUGCACCUCAUACAACAGGGGGCUCGUGUUGGAAGAAUCGAUGCCUUUGUACAGAGCUUAGACAAGAACUUCAUGGUGCCAGUAGGUGGUGCCAUAAUUGCAGGUUUUGAUGAGGCUUUCAUACAGGAGAUCAGUAGGAUGUACCCAGGUCGAGCAUCAGCCUCGCCCUCCCUUGACGUCCUCAUUACUCUUCUCACACUGGGAGCCAGAGGCUACAAGAAACUUGUGUCGGAAAGAAAAGAAAUGUAUUUGCUCCUGGCUCAGGAGCUGAAGAGUCUGGCCUCUGCACACGGGGAGCGAUUGCUUCACACCCCACAUAACCCCAUUUCGCUGGCCAUGUCUCUGGAUGGUUUGCAGGCUGAGGACGACAAGGCAGUGACACAGCUGGGCUCCAUGUUGUUCACCCGGCAAGUUUCAGGUGCCAGGGUAAUACCACUGGGCAAGGAGCAGGUCGUAAGUGGGCACACGUUCCGUGGCUUCAUGUCACACUCUGAGACGUAUCCCUGCCCGUACCUCAACGCCGCCUCAGCCGUGGGCAUUACUCGAGAGGACGUGACGCUGUGCAUCAAGCGGCUGGACAAGUGCCUGAAAACUCUGAAGAAAGAGUUAAACGCAGCCAAAAGCAGCUCUGCCGUCCCUCCCCCGAGCCAGGAGGACACGACACCACGCGAGACUAACGCGACACAAGACUGACUCAACAGAUGCAAGAGCUUUUAUUGUAGCAUGUAGAAGUCGACCAAAUAAUUCCUUCUUGGCUUCAGCCUGUACGUCUUAUUUGGUUUGAACUUGUGUUUUUGAAUGGCACAGGUUUAAGACUUGAGUUCAGCACCGACAUGUAUGUGGCGAUGAGUUUGCGUAAACAUGUCCAAAACAAACACAAACGCUGAUGGCACAAUGAAGGUCUGCUAAUGAAUCGCUGUCGUAAGGAUAUUAUCAUCUCAGGAGCGUUGUUGUUGCUGAUUUCAAAUUAAACCAAAAUGGCAUUAAUGCUUAAAUUAAUUGUGGAUUUGUGCCUCAAAUAUCCAUUUACAGUGUCCUUAAGACUCCAAUAUGCAGUUAUUAGAUGAAAUGUUCUGUAAACUGUAAUGAAAUUUACUGUCUGCUUUCCCAGUUGUAGACGCACAAAACCAUCCACUGCCUUCUGUGUGUUGUAACUUGAUACAAGAGCAGUUGGGCCAUUAACUCCAGCUGAACCCGGUGAAUUGGAUUAGCUCAUUUAUUUUCAGGCAUGGUAACAAAUAGCAUGUAACAGAUAAUCGAUGAACACCAAAAAUAGAUCUCUCCUCGUUUCAGUGAAGGAAACGUUCACUACUGCUCUCGGUAAGAACCAAGAACAUGGACUGAAUUACUUUUAACACAUACAAAGAUCAGCCUCCUGUUGUGUGUUGAACAUUUCAUCACAACACAGUGUUUUGAUUCUAAUAUUUGUACUGCAAAAUCUGCCGCCAUACAAUUUGUUUCAGUCACUUCUUUCAUUAUAAAAUUUAAUGAAUUCUGAAAAUUUUCAGUCAGUAAAAUAUACCACAAGGUUAGCCCACCAAAUUUAAUUUAAAAAAUUUGAAUAAUUACAUAUAGGCAACAGUAUGUGAAGGGAAAUGGGCAGCGCACAAAUGACUGAAGCCAUUUGAAUAUAUAAGUUAAAGUCUGUGGCGAAUUCAGUAGUUAAGAUUAAAAGAAAAAAAUUAGCAUUCAUCUGAUGAAUAUAUGAUGUUAUUGCUCAGGACCUCAACAGAAUGCCAGCAACACGCAAAAGAUCCAGCCAAAAUAGUCAAAUUAAGAAUCACCGGUACUCAGAAUAGUCCAAUUAAGAAGUACCAUUACUCAAAAUAGUCACAUUAACGGGUGUCGUUAAACAAAGUAGUCAAAUUAAGAAGUGUUGGCACUGAAAAAUAGUCAAAUUAACACCUGCUAGAAUGUAAAAUUGUCACAUUAAGAAGUACCGGUACUCAAAAUAGUCAAAUUAACAAGUUCUGGUACUCAAAAUAGUGAAAAGCGAUAUUUAAAACCACUGCACAAUUGAACACUAUUGAGGUAAGAAUAGAUGUUUCUCCCACUUGUGAAUUGAUUUGCUUUGUUCCUCAUUAAGUGAUGAAACUUCACAGCACAGGAUCAACUCAAGUCUCCCACAGUAAAACAAAUCUGUCGUAUGUUGACGUCUUAUUCCUGCUGCUCUCUCGACUCACUCAUUAGGAAGCAGUUCGGGUACAAAAAUAGAAGCUCCCACUAAAGCGUCUCUGACUGAUGACUAAUCUAUAUUGUCCCAUUUCCUCCUGUGCUCUCCCCCCUGACUCGCUGCAGAUUAUCUAGGAUUCAUCGUUGCUGCACCUGCGUCGGGACCAGGUGUUUUUUCAAACGCAUCAGCGAUAGCAACAGCAGAACCAAUUGGGGCCCGGCAGCCUUUGAGGGCGAGCUGGAUCAGAUGGAUCAGGCUGCUGUGUCAGCACUCUCACUGUUCUCAAGCUCAACCAUUGAACCGUGAGAAUCUAGUGGAAAAACACUGGAGUUCAGUGCUGCACUCUGAAAAUGUCUCUUUGAUUUCUACAGUAUUGAGCCUGUGCUUCUUUUCUCUCUCGCUCUCUCUUUGUUUUCAACUUCUCUCCAUUGCAUAGACAUGUUGGCAAUAGAUUUGUUAAGGGCCCCUUUCCUUCUUUUCUCUUUUUUCUUUAUCUUUCUUUUUCCUCUUACUCCUGAUAUCUUUGUUUCUUUCACUCUUUCUUUGUCUUUCACUUUUUGUUUCUAAGUAUUCACCUCUUCCUAUCUCCAUUUUACUUUCACUCAUGUUCUUUUGCUCAUUCUUUCUUUAGCUCACUCUUCCUUAGUCCUAAUUUCUUUCUCUCCAUCUCUGUUUCUCCUCCUCUCCCUCUUCUGUCCGUCUUGGAUCAGCAGCAGCAGCAGUGAUUAACCCACUGCCAACAUUUAGGCCACAAAGCAGAGUCUGACUUAUUUAAUUUAGUAAAUGUGUUUUCAAGUUUUCAAGCUCAGGGUUGUUUAAGGUCUUUGUUUGCUACUGAGAUUUUUGAUGAUAAAUAAACACAGAAUAAGGCAUUAGUGUCAGUCGCCAAUCGACGUAGCUCUUGUUUGUGUUGAUUCUGUUUUACUUUGAAAUUGUUUCUCAAUUAAAUGAUCAUUAGAAUCAAUGAGACAUAAGGAUUU